AUGAGACGACAGAAUCAUAGCUGUGACCAGUGUCGAAGGUCAAAGAGAGGAUGCGAUGCUCCGUCUUUGGGGGCAGGACAACGCAACUCGACUCGGGGGCAACUCAACAUUGGAAAUGGUUCCAUCAAGUGCUCUUACUGCAACAAGACCAACAAGACAUGCACAUGGGAAUGGGCAAAAGCUCAGACACGACAACGGUCCAUCGCAUAUGGGUCCAAGUCACCCUCGAAAGAAAUAGCAGGCAGGAGGCACCCUUUCAUCGACUGCCUAAUUCCGAACGAUGUCCCCUCCUUUCGGACUGAGGUAUCGGAGGAUCCAACCUCGACGCCUGAGCUUGCCGGUGACGCCACCGCUACAAUUUCCUACAAAACAGAACCGCAAUUAUCUGACUAUUUGCCUGGGACCGAUUCGAUUUCACCAGCUCAAUAUUGUUACCCCGUACAGGAUGAUGGACUAAUGCCGUUGGCCAAGAGGCGGCGAACAUCAUCAAACGGAACUGGUUCGCAACGCACAUCUCUAUCCCUCUUUUCCGCCGACCACGAAAUGAUAUCCAACACCAAUAGCCAACUUAUUUCAACAAACCUGCUUCAAAUAUACCACGAUGUGCUCGAACACAACCUAUCAUGCUGGCUGACGGAAAUAAACAACCCAUUGACAGCCCAGUCGCGGCAUGGAGAUACAGAGAACCGUACGGGCCUAGUCAGGGAAUGGGGGACUACGUGGUCUAAUAGGAUUUAUACUCGAGCCAUCCAGCUAGACCGCGAAUCGAUAUCGGCAAAUCUGGUGCGCCUGACGCCUGCGCAAGAUGCCUCCGUCACUAAUGCCCUGCACCUUGCCAUCAUGGCAUUUGCCACGCAGUGGGCGCAGGGGAGCCGUCGGCAAAGAGAGCGAUAUCCCACGUGUUCCAUCUCUUCGGGGGAUGAUUCGGAUGGGUUGGCCGAGGAGUUUGAUCGUAGCCUUCAGCAUCAGAUUUGGGCCCAGGCCAAAAGGGCUUUGCAGGAUGUCGACGAGCUGGAGUCUUACCGGGUGGCAUUGGCUGAGUUGAUAUUCGGAUUAACGCAGAAGGCUUGGAGUCAUGAAGCUGAAGACAGAGGUCCCGGAGGAGAAAUGAAAGUCUACCCCCGUGGCAUUGACUUGGAGACAGAAGUAAAAGCACGACUGGGAACUAUCAUUGCCAAGGAGGGACCCCCAAUUUACAUGGAGAGAGCUGCCCGCAAGGUUCAAACCCUACAGGCCCGAUACAACGCAGGCAGGCGAGGCCUUGGAUCUUCAAUUCUGGAGAAUGAUGCAGUCACAGCCACCGGCAGCACCCAAUUUUUCUCCAACAAGGAGAAUAGGGAGACUGCAGGACUUCUGUACUGGUUCGCCGUCAUGUUUGACACGGUAUCAUCGUCGAUGAACGAACGGCCCGUCGUUGUGCCCGACGAAGACAUCCCGCACUAUGCCGACGAGGAGCUCCACGAAACAGCACCAGAAGAUGACACUCCUUCGCGUGGGAGAUGGGACGUGGAGUCGUUCGUCCACGAUGACGUGGAAAACCCUGCCUAUAAGCCUACAUGGCCAUGCCCGUACGAGGACGCCGCCAAAGCCGUCACCAAAGCGGCACCGGUCAAGGUUUUGCUAUUUCGGCAUUUGUCCUAUCUUCAGGGCAUACUUCGAAGAGGAGCUCGAGGGAAGAGAGUGGAGGACAUUAUUAGCUCCACACUUUCUCUCUAUCGAUACUGGAACAAGACAUACGGAUCAUUCUUUCGAGAGUUGAUGCUUGAUAUCGACUCUGUUCCAGAGCGAAUACGAAGCUGGUUCUUUUGCAUCUCGUGUCAUUGGAAUCUCGCUGCACUUAUGAUAGCCGACCUUGUUGCGUUUGUCGACGACAACAAACUUGGGAUUGAUAGCGAGGCGCGGGCACGUAUCGCGGGCAGGAUUACAUGGAGGAUACGAGAUGCGAGCACUCAGGAGCUCUCCGAACUUGCGGCCAUCUCAAUCCCUUGUCAAGGGUUACAGGACGACUCAAACUUCCACCAUGCAGUCAACGAAGGUACUAUUUUGACGGAGCCUUGGACAAUGAUUCUCAUCAGGGCAUUCAGCAUGGCAUCUGCCAUACUUCUUGGGGAGGCAGACGAAGCUCUCCGCCACGGCGCGGCACAGCUGGGAUACACGGGCGGGCAUUUCGAAGAAACGCUGGGAAAGGUCUUGAACUGUAUCAAGGCCUUAUGGCAUCUUGGGAAAAAGUCGGACAUGGCCAGGAAAGCGGCCGACUUCCUGUCUUUAACUACUGAGAGACUGCAGGCUGAUUACGGAGCUGGACGACGGGGAUAG